AUGCCCGAUGGCGACGUCGGGAAGUCGGGCAAGGGCAAGGGCAAGAACAAGGUCUGGAAGCCGCCGCCGCAGUCUUCGCAGGAAGCUGUCGACCGCAAGCACCACGACGAGCAGCUGAAGGCCAAUCAGUUGAAGGCCAAGCUCAUGCAGCGGUCCGUGCAGUCCACCAACGAGAAGACCAAGGAAGCUCCCAGGCUGCCGCAGCAGCCGUUCAGCGCGGACAUGCCCUACGAGGUGCCCGUGCCCAGGAAGAUCAGCGCGAGCCGGCAGUACGGCAAGAACCACUUCCUCGCUGUGGUCGCGGGCCUCUUCUUGCCGUGGCUGAUCUUCGCGGGCGUCUACGCCGUGGAGGCCUCCUCCGUGCACUACUCCAGCAGCGCAGUGGUCCAGCUCGUCGUCAUCCUCGCGGCUGUCCUGGUCCUCGCGGCGGCCGGUCUCGGGGCUCGGGCGUGGACCAGGCGCCACGAGGGUCAGGACCCGAGCUGGUAUCUGUUCAUCGCUCUGACAGGGGCCCUCGCGCUGGCCGUCGGCGUCAACCUCGGAGACUACAUCUACGACGCCUACACCCAGCCUUACGAGGACAACCAGAACCUCAACACGUACCGCGACGUCGACGUCUCGACCACCGUCGGCGCGCAGAUGAUGGACGCCGGCCAGGUGUUCUUCGCCAAGGACACGACGCUGGACCUCGACUAUUCCAUGGGCUUUUCGAACGUCGACACGUAUUGCGUUGUGCCCAUCACGUCGUCUAAGAGCUCGCAGGUCCAGACCUACGACUUCUGGGCGGUGGGCCUGAACUGUUGCUCGGGCCACGCCCCCGACUUCCACUGCGGUGAGUACAGCAACCCGAAGGCCAAGGCCGGCCUCAGGCUCAUGACUGACAGCCUGCGGCCCUACUACCGCCUCGCUGUCCAGCAGGCCGAGGCGGCCUACGACAUCCACGCCGGCCACCCCAUCUUUUUCGAGUGGCUGCAAGACCCCACUUCGGAGAUCAACGCCUACGAGGACGCCGCCACGAAGUAUCUGCUGGUCGGCAUCCUCGGGUACCUGGCCUUCCAGCUGGUGCUCGUGGCAGCGGCGGUCAUUGCGUUCUCCAGGGCCAAGGGCUGA